UGGCAUAAUAAUUAGCUUUUAUUUCAGCACCACCAUUUUGUCCAGUGAGUAACUAGAUUUUCAAAAAAAAAGGAGUCUCCACCUGUGUCCGGAUCCCUCUUGGGGACAGGGAGGAAACUACUCUUUUGAAUCUGAUAUUACGAUUAUUUUUGCCUUCCCCGCAAUAUUCAAAAGUUGUGCUCUGAAUGUCCUAUCAAAAUAUACUAUUAUAAACAAAGAAGAGAGAAUAAAAACAAAAAUAAAAGAAAACCAGUCUAAUGAAGAGAAUAUAAGUGUAUAGCAUGAUCCCCAAUUGAAAGUGAAGUUAAUUGCAAGAAGCAAAAUUAUUAUUAUUAUUAUUAUUAUUAGAAAAAUAUGUACUUUUUCGAAUACAUGUAUAUUUUUAUAUUCUAUCUUGCUAUUUAAAUAUUAAUAAUAUUUUACUUUUUUGUAAAAAAUAGCAUGCCUAAAAAUUAUUUAGAGAGAUUAUUUUCAAGGUAAAUCUUGAAUCCAUUACCAUUGUACCCGCAACCACAAAGGGCUGGUUUCCUUUAAGAAGCAGCAAACCAUCUAUUGGAGGAGUGAGAGCUUAGCUCUGUACCAAUCAUAGUUUAGAAUGUACAUGGGGAUCCACUCCCUCCCCCAUCCAGAAGAGGAGUACAAUGAAGAGAGCGGCAGUGCUAACCGAACGACGGUUUAUGGAGCUCAUUUUUUAACCAAAAGGAGGAUGCGUCGGGUAGACAUAAAUAUUUGAAAAUGACGAAUAAUAAUUUGUUGUUCUGUGAACAUAAGAUAAAGAGUGCUUAAUGGGAAGAAUUGACCCAUCAGCGAAAUGAGACACGGGAGGAUCGGACGGUGGAAACAGGCAGCGCUUUGGCUGUUUGAUUUCUGUCUAUUGUGGAUUACGGUUGGAGCUCAGAUUCGCUACACAAUACCCGAGGAGUUAAAGGAAGGAUCUGUAGUUGGAAACAUCGCUAAGGAUCUUGGUUUUGACAUUGCAGAUAUCGCCGAGCGUAAGUUGCGGAUAGCAUCCGAGACAAAUAAACAGUAUUUUGCUGUAGAUUCAGGGAAGGGUGAACUGGUAGUUAAUGGCAGAAUAGAUAGAGAGACGCUCUGUGGACAAAGCGUCAGUUGUUUAAUGUCGCUGCAGAUCGUUAUUGAGAAUCCAUUACAAUUGCAUAAGGUAGAGAUAGAAAUACAAGACAUAAAUGACAACGCACCAAACUUCCAAACAAAAGAUGGCACAUUAGAAAUACCUGAAUUGAUAGCUCCAGGCGCACGAUUUACUCUUGAAAGUGCUGAAGAUCAAGAUGUUGGUAGCAAUAGCUUGAAGUCCUACAUAUUAAACAACAACGAUUUUUUUCGUCUGAACGUAAAAACUCUUAAAAAUGGAAGAAAGGUACCAGAACUUGUGGUUGAAAAACCUCUAGACAGAGAGAAACAAUCUAUACAUAAGCUUAUAUUAACAGCAUUAGAUGGUGGCAAUCCAGUCAAAUCAAGCACGUGUGCUUUGCAGGUUAUUGUUCAAGAUAUAAAUGACAACGAACCAAAAUUUGAGGUUACUGCAUACAAAGCAUCUAUUCUGGAAAGCGCCCUUGUUGGCUCAAGUGUGAUACAAAUAAAAGCGACUGACUUGGAUGAAGGUCUUAAUGGUGAAAUACAAUAUUUGUUUUGUGCGCACACGCCUGAAACCGUAAGAACCGCUUUUAUUGUGAACGCAGAUACGGGCGAAAUAACAGUAAAUGCAAACCUAGAUUAUGAAGCAAUACAUACAUAUACAUUUGAUGUCUGUGCUAAAGACAAAGGGAAUCCAGAGCUAAAGGGACAGUCGUCGGUUCAAAUUGAUAUCAUAGAUGAGAAUGACCAUCCUCCAGAAAUUCUAUUGACAUCUUUACCUAACCCUGUGCCUGAAAACGCCACAAUUGGCACUGUAGUAGCUCUGAUUAACGUUAAAGAUUUGGACUCCGGUGAAAAUGGAAAAAUUAACCUAUUUAUCUCUCCCGGUGCGCCUUUUAAAUUGAAACCAUCUUUUGAUAACCAUUAUUCAUUAAUUACUGAAACUUUUUUAGACCGUGAGGUUUAUUCUGAAUAUAACGUUGAAAUAGAAGCCACAGACUCCGGUGUACCACCCUUAAAAUCUGUGGCGACUGUAAAUGUUAAAGUACUUGAUGUAAACGACAAUCCCCCACUAUUCUCACAGUCUUCGUAUAACAUUUAUGUAAAAGAAAAUAACCAGGCAGGUGUUUCAUUGUUUUCUGUAACUGCUACUGAUAUUGACCAAGAUAAGAACGCUAUAGUGACGUAUUCAAUAAGGGAUUUAAAUUCAAAUCACGUGCCAGCAUCAUCUUAUUUUUAUAUUAAUUCCGAGAAUGGAACUAUCUACAGCAUGAGCUCAUUUGAUUAUGAAAAGGUCAAAUUGUUUAGUGUUGUAGUGCAGGCUAAAGAUCAUGGGUCCCCCUCUCUCAGCAGUAACGCAACGGUUCAUGUGUUUAUUCUGGACCACAACGAUAAUGCACCAGCCGUCAUUUAUCCCUCCACAGUAACGGGGUCUGUAUCCCAUCAGAGGAUGCCCCGUUCUGCUAAAGCAGGACAUCUUGUUACUAAGGUAACAGCAGUGGACGCUGACUCGGGCCAUAACGCCUGGAUUUUCUACAGGCUCGCGGAGGCUACAGACGCGUCUCUGUUUAAUGUGAAUUUACAUACAGGAGAGGUGAGGACUAAACGCUCUGUUUCAGAGCAGGAUGACUCCUCUCAGAGACUGGUAAUUGAGAUAAAGGAUAACGGAGAGCCAAUCCAGUCCACCACUGUUACUGUGGAUAUUAUACUAGAGGACGGGUUUCAUGAGCCCAUUUCCGACAAACGUAAAAUCAGAUCGGAAGUCGACAAGAAAACCGGCAAAAUCACAUUAUAUCUGAUCAUCUCUUUGGCUUCUGUAUCUUUGUUGUGUCUGAUGACAUUUUUUAUCUUACUGGUAAAAUGUGCACGAGGUAGUAGUGGCAGCUCAAGCUGCUGUAUUAGGAGAACAAAUUCUGGAUAUUCGAAUCCCAACAGAAACCUUCAGAUCCAGCUCAACACUGACGGACCAAUUAAGUAUGUAGAGGUUCUGGGAGGUGACAUGAUGUCUCAAAGUCAGUCUUUUGGAUCCUAUCUCUCCCCAAUGUCAGAAUUCAGUGAUUUUACCCUCGUUAAGACCAACAGCACUGCAAACUUUACAGACACGCUUAACGUGCUUGAUGCGUCAUUACCAGACAGCGCGUGGACGUUCGAGAGUCAACAGGUGAGAUAA